AUGGCUCAGCUGUCGUCAAGUUCGAGCUCGGCUGGUCAGACAAGGGGAGGUCGUCGUCGAAAAAGACCUCAUCCUCCUGUGUAUGGCGGAAUUAUGAAUUCUUUUAGCGACAGGAACAGUGAUUUUGUUUGGUAAGUAGAGCGACUGUUUUAAAAUUGUCGAAAGACUUCGAGAAAAGAAUGUUCUUAACAAUAACAAAUUUGAAUAAUUUUACGUUAAACCUUUUGUUGUGAGCUGUGGUGAAGGCAUUUCUUUACCUGAUGUGAUUAAGUUACGAGAAUCUCCCUUACCAUAAACCGUGUCUUUGCUUUACAGUCCCAUAUGCUUUGACACCAUUGAUGAAGCGUUUAUGACUAAAUGUGGACAUACUUUCUGGUAAGGAUUGACAUCUUCUUGCAUUCCUUUCCCUUGCUAGUUAAUUUUUUAUUUAGGAUACUGUUAAUAAUAUCCUGAGUGAAUGGUGAAUAAAGUAAUGAUGGGGCAGAAGAGCUCCAGGUGGUGAUUUAAUAUAAAUUACUGCUUGACACAGAUAAUAUUCACAACAAUAAUUGUCAAUUUACUUGCCCUCUCACUCCUAAACUAUGUUAUGACAAGAUUAGUUGUCACUCUAUAAACUAAAUCAGAACAUUUUUGUGGUACUCUUUUUUUUCUCAGGAUUUUACAAAAAGAAAUUUGAAAUUUUUUGAAAUUAUUAGUUUGGCUACUAUUGGAAGUGAAAGGGUUGUAAUAAGGAGCUUAAGCAAGGACAACAGCAACGAAACAAGAAUGACAAAAAAGCAAUAGGUUUCUGUCGGCAAAAGAACAACUCUGCACGCUUUUUUGUACAUUUCUUUGCCAUCGCUGCAUCACUACGAUUUGAUAAUGCCUGAUUUCACGUUUUGUGGAGGACGUGAACACAGGACAAAAACUUUCUUUUUCUUUUCCUGAACUGAAAUUGCCAACAUUUCAUGAAUUGAACGAGAUGGAAUGAGCGUGACAAAGUUUGAAUCAGUGGAACUUUACUUUUUAAGUGAUGUUUUCAUAGCCAUUGCCGUCCUUAUUGCUUGAGCUCCCUGACAAUAAAGCUAUGCCCUCAUUUGUCUUCUUGCUCUAAGAGAGGUGAUGGUGAUGAAUAAGUGAUGACUUAUAAACUUCAUGGUACAGUGCUCUCAAAGUGACAUUUCUCUCUACUGUAACCUCCUUCCUGGGAGCGUGUGCAGAAUGCAAGGUUGCUUUUGAGGGAGCAGUGACUUGACAACUUGUUAGCUUGCCAGUCAGCUUGACUUUAAUGGCUCAAGAGCUUGAUAGUGUGACAUUUGGCUUCGUUGACUAGCUGAAAAUAUACCUUAAUAGUUGUUUCUGUGUCCUGUCCUUUUGAGUAACUCUGUUAAUCCACUGAUACUGAUAUAGGCUGAUUAGGCCUCUAGCAAAGAUACAUAUCAAUGCCCCAAGAGAUUUGAAGUUUAAAUUUAUCUUUGAAGUUAUAAAUAAAUAUAAGUAAUCACUCUGGUCUUCCAUAUUCAGAAUAUUGUUAAAUUCAUAAAAAUUUUUUAGAAGAAACAACAAUAAUAAUAAUUAUUGUAAUAUUAAUAAUAAUAGUAAUAAUAAUAAUAUUAUUAUUAAUAUUAAUAAUAAUAAUAUUAUUAUUACUAUUAUCAUUAUUAUUCCAUUUGCAGUAAUGGUUUAGCUUAAGCUUGAGCUUGGUCAGUUGUCUUCAGCAUUUUCCAAACUUUCUGACAUUUUCUUGAGCAAAAAAUUAUUGUUGCCAAUAGUUGUGGUACUAAUAACUUGUGAGAUAUGAGUUAAAAAUGGUGAAGGUAUGGUAUUUCUCACUGAACUCUAAAAUUAUGAGAGUGAAUAAUUCAGACUGUCACCUCCUUCUACCCUCACUCUCAACCAACCUCACUCAAAUUUACAUAGACAGAUGUUAAAUGAUUGGUUUUACUUUUUAGUUAUCAGUGUAUUACUCGAAGCCUUGAAGAAAGCAACCGGUGCCCCAAAUGUAACUACAUUAUAGACAAAACUGAUCAGAUUUUUCCUAACUUUCUUUGUAAGUAUUUUGCAAAAAGUUUUUUAAACUAUGUUAUGGUAAUUAUUUAAGGAUAACUUGUACAUAGAUCUUACACAUUGGCACAUUUAGCACACUUAAGUGUGCUAUCUCUGUAAUGCUAUUAUAUAACAAGAUUAUUUUUCAGAGAAAAUUGACCUGACCAACUAGGGAUAAUUUUCCCAACCAAAUUGGGAUUAAAUCUAGUAAGGCAAGAGUAUCAUCAUCUUUAAGCCAUAGAUUUUCUUUAGCAAUUUAAAUAAUGGCCACUAUUUAUUUUAUUUAAUUAUUAUUUUGCAUAUCUAUCAAGGAUUUCCUAAAAAUUUAAAUUCGAUAAUUUACCACUUGAGUUGCAACCAAGGUAUGAUUAAAAACAUAUUGUAAAAGAAAAGAGAGAGGAAAAUGCUGCAUCAUGAAGGGAAGGUACUUCAAGUGUGAUAUUUCAAGAGCCUUUUCUGAUACGCUGCCUAGAACAACUUGUUUGAGAACAGAUGUCAAAAGGGGGUGCAUGUUAUGAUGCUUGAGCAUUGUGGGUGGGAUUUGGGGGUGUAUUAAAUUUUAAAGUGAUCAAUUCUUGCAGCUGUGUAUUAUCCCAUCAAAUGCUUGGGUUUCUCAGAAAAAUAAUUCAAAGUGUGUGAUCUACAGAUGUAUAAUAUUCUUGCAUGACGCUGCACUUAAUAUGAAUUUGCUUCUUUUAUUUGUGUUUUUUAUGUAUUGUUUGAGUGUCAUUUUAUGUAAUUUUUGUGAUUGCAGUAAAUGAGCUUGUUCAAAAAUUCAAGGAAAGAACAGGACAAAAGAAAAGCAAGAUGCUUCCAGAUUCUCAGGUAAGUUUUCAAUCUUGAACUCAGUUAACUGAAACGUAAAGCAUGUAGCUCUAACUUUGGUUUUGGAGGAAAAUUGUCUGACAUUCAUCUCACUGAUGUAAUGUUUUCAGCUCUACUUUUGAAACAAAACUAAACCACAACAUGUGCAACAGGGGGGAAUGUUGAGAGAGAACAUAGUAAAUUUAUGAAGGAGUAAUGAUAAUAUUAUUAUUAUUUCAUGUAGGUGUAAAAGCAUUAGGCACCAUCAACUUCUAAUGAACCUGAACCAGGAGGCUCUAGCAAAAAUUACUGUAUCCCAGGCAUUUGUAAAGCAGUUGAACAUACAAGUCAUGGACAUGUGAUGUGGCCUCCUUUGUAUUAAAUAAUAUUAUAUUUUUUUAAGCUUCAGGUAUCAGGUGGUGGAGUUCAAGAAAUUUUAUCUGGUGAAAAUGAGUGGGACUUAGCAGGUAAAGGUCUCAGCUUUUAGAAUCCUUAGUUUGUACAAAAAAGGUUGCUUUACUGUUCUAACUGUGAUUAGUAAAUAUGUGUCAAUGGUUACUGUAAUACAUGUAACAAGAACGAUUGAGCAAUAAUGGUUAAUGAGUUUUAUUGUAUACAUUCAAAAUAUUUUGUUGUUUCUGAUUGGCUCUAAUCCCCCUGCUACUCAGCUAAUUCUUCAUAACCAGCCUAUUUGGAAGCCCAAUAACCAACUGAUUUGAUGGUAUAUUGCCCCACUAUAUAAUAACAACUUUGUUGUUAGGCAGUGACACAGCAGCCUGGCUGUUUAUGCAUAACUGAGAACAAACAAAGAGUUCACAGCUUUUCAAUGACAUAUUAGCCAAAUUUCUGACUAAAAGUGAAUGGAAGAAAUGAAAGAAUAUCCCCCCCAAAAAUGCGUGAUAGAUGUCAUCAACUUUUUGUUUGAAGAGUAUCUGCAAGAAAGGAGUAUCUGGUUAAAUCUUGAAACCAUGAGAGAAACAGACAAAUGUUUUGAUUAAAGUCCAUAAGGAUGCAAGGUUGUUAAGAACGUAGAAACAUUCUGAAUGAAUACCAAAACAAUGAUUAUUAAAUUCAGGUUUUGGGAGGCUGUUAUCCACUUUGAUCUUUGGCCUUGGUGGGUAACAUUCUCCUUGAUUGCAUAAAUAAUCCUUCACAUCAUACUCAGCCUCAUUCAGUGGUUGUUACGUAAUUCCCAACUUGAGUUAUUCUGUUUGGAAUUAGGCAAGCUACAGUGUAAGUGAUAAAGAACAUGUAUUUUUAUUGUUAAAACCUCUACUCUUUGACAUGUAGAUGUUAAUUACUUGCUGGAUGUAUUGACACAGAAGAAACAACAGCUUGAAGCAGUAAGUAUGAAACAAAGUCGGUUUUUGGGACAUGAGAUGUUACCACAGCAAAUCAGUAUCAUUUUAUAAAGUGGUAAAUGACAAGAUUAGAAUUAUUUUUUAAAACCAAACUACAGUUUGUAUAAACUGUUUGAGAGCAAUAAUUAUUUUCUUUGUAUGGCCAGUGCAGUGCAUGUACAUAGUCAUACCACCCCCACCUGGGCAAUAACCAACAGAAAGAACUGUACAGUACACACUUUAGUGAAAAGUUAGAUGCUAUUAUUCUAACUACAGAGUUGUCAUCAAAGCAGUGUAGCAAUGUUGUUAUUGCCAAGUUAUUUUGACAAGAAAUUCUAGGAUGCAUCACAUAUUAAAAUAGUACUGAAAAAAAAUUAAGCCGAGAGGUUGCUCUUGUGAGUUUACCUAUGUCAGUAAUAACAAGAUAACAAUUUUUCUUGCAUUUGUAUCACCAAGACUCCACAUACUUAUAUUCCAUAAUGAAUAAGUUGAGAGAAUUUGGAAACAAGAUCCAAGAAUUUUUCCUCUGGAAAAAAAGAUAUUGUGAAUACAAAUUGAUACAGGACUUUAUGAAUCAAUUUAGUUGGUUGUAAUAUUAUUGUAGGACUUUGUUUCUUUGUUUUGACCACCUUGCAAAUGUGUUAAAUAUUAUUUUAUUAUUCUAUUAAUUAUAAAUCUCAAUUCUGAAUGGCUAUCAGCUGCCCUAAAUUUUAGGACUAAUAUGUCAGUUUAAAGGACAGUACGUGUCAUGCCGAAGUAAUUGGACAGUACACACUGUUGCACAUGAAUAGAAUAGAAAAGCCAGAAGACUCAGCAUACAAAUUUGGCCUGAACUCUUGAAAUAACUAGUUUUUUUCAUCUUGAAAAAGCUUAAAAGAUCACAAAUUUUGUUGUUUGGUCAUUGUAUUUCAAUGGUUUUUAACUUUAUAGGAUAGUCAAGCAGUCCAACAUGAGCUUUUGAAGGAUUUCCUCUCACAGGUUAAACGCCACAAGCAAGAGGUACAUUGUUUUUUUCUUUCUUAGGCUUGAGCUCCUGCCCAAUCAUUGAGUUAUUAUAAAUAUCAUUAUUUUUAGCAACUUGAUCAGCUGACAAGAGAAGUGAAACUCAUUGAUGAAGACAUGAAGAGAGUUACAGAGAUGAUAACUAAUCACAACCGGCAGUAUCCAUUGACAGUUCCUUUACUGACUCUUCCCGGGGCUGAAAGACUUUUGGUUGGUGAAGUGGUAUGUUUAAAAGGGAAAGGAUUUCCUUCCUACCCUUUCAUCUUACAUUUCCUAGGUUGUUUCAUUGACCUUUAUACAGUAUUGACCAGUUCAGGAAAUAAGAGUGUGUAAUUUGUUCCCAAGAGAUCAGUCACGUGACAAGCUCAUUAAAUUUUUUGACUCAAAACUUGGUGUUGAAACUUGAAAGCCUCCUUUUGAGGCUCUAUAUCUAGACUUAUUUCAAUAAUGAAAAAUUAAGUCCUGAGCCAAACAUUGUAAGAACAGCUACACGAGUAACUGCCAUUAUAUUUUGUCAUGAGUGGUACUGUGCCUGUAGAGUUACCAGCCACAUGUUAGCACUAAUUGGUUCCCUUGCCUCCCGGAAACUCUAAUGUCAUUUGCUUCCAUUCCACUUUGUUGUCAUAGUUUAUCUGUUAAGCUGGUGUUAAGUCUUCCACUCCUGAUAGUGGCAACAUGUGGAAAAAAAGAAGAAAUGACACCUUCAAUUGGAUGGCGACAUAAAAGGAUUUCAUCCACUGAUUUAAAAGUUGCAGUAACAUUUCAUCCAAUCAUAACAUGGUCUAGGGGUUAAAGAGUUAAAAUAACGUACUUGAUUUUUUGUGCUUCAUUUCUUAAGGAAAGUACACUUAUGAAUCUGUAUGGGAACAGGGAGGGUGUUAACCAAAAUUCUCCUGUGGUAAAGAUAUUGUUAUUUUUUAAGCUAAUACAGUGUUAUAUCAUGGUGUCAUUAUCUACGUACACUCAUUCAUUACAUUUCAAGAAACUGAAACCUUUUUUCAUUUCUUUUUACAGGAUCAUGCUGUACCAACAACUCCAACAGCCAAAACGGCACCUGUUUCAGUAGGUUCAGACGUUGAACCUUCAACCAGGUGACUAUCUUGAAUUUCGGUGUUUGUGGUACAUAGCAACACAGUAGUGAUGAAAUGGCAAUGUUUCCAUAGGGAAGGGUAGGCCACGCUGAAAUUGCAUUACUCAGAAAACCAACUUAGUACCAAGAAUGCAUAAUUAUGAGAAACAAUCACUGUGUAUUUUGCUUCCAUGUAUAUGCCAAAAAAAGAAAACUGCAAAUGUUUAAACCCCUUGACAGUCAAUUAACCACCUACUUACCUACCUAUCUCCACUCAUGAUGCUUCAUUACCACAUGUAAGGCCUCCACACUUCCCUGCUAACCUGCUGUAUCCCUCAGACAAGCUCUUGCUUGAUCCCUACCCCACCUCUGCUCUCUCCACAAAUCUUGGGGUAUUUGGCUAGCCUCUUUAUUCUUUCCACUGCUAUCCUGAAAAGUGUGUCAAGUGUUUCUGGUCUCAGUAGUGAUAUUUUUUAUGGGUGUGGGACAUAAACCUAUUGCCCAACCCCCAACCUGGAAGGCCAGUCGAACAUCCACAGAUAUCUGGAUAGUUGCAGAUGCAGUCUGGUAUUGCUGUCCAUGCGUGCUGGUGUUUUGUACUAGAAGAGUUAAUGAAGUUUCCCUCAAGUGAAGUUUAGAAACUACUGUUGUGUUUGUCUUGGAAUGCAUUGGUGAUGUUCUACCUUCAUGUUUCAAACGCUUGACAUGGGAGCCUUUGCAUUAGGGUAGGCUUAAGAUAUCACAUAUACAUAUACCUGUGCAUUAUGCAAUAUUUUUUGUGUUUCAGUCAUGAUGACUCAUGUGACCAAACAGAAGCAGCUCAAGAUGGUUUUAAUGGAAGCCAGCAUGUAUGUAGUAUAACAAUAACAUUUGAUACUAUUGUCAUGUAGUCAUUGAUGAUUAAAAAAAUGGCCAGAUGUUGUGACUGACCCAGGGCUUGAAAAGAGACAGCCCUGUGAACAUGCUAAAAUGUAUGUUGUAGGAACUACAAGAAUGCUUCAAUUAACACACCCUUGAGGCUAAAAAAUAGUAAGUUAAGCACUGUCCUUUCGUUAAUUGCCCUCCUCCUCCCUCUGCUCAAUAAAAAUCACUUACAAAAAAAUCAGAUACAAGCAGAAUAGAAGGGAUUUAUUCCCAGAACUCUUGGGAACUUUGAGUGCAAUUACAUACAGAUUUGUGUUUUGUCUUACAGGCAGGUUCAAGUUUUUCUUAUUUACUGUUACCGUUUGUUUUGACUUAAAAUAAGAACAAUAGCUGUGGUCACACUACAGACUUUUACCUAGGUAAAAGCAAUUUACCUAGGGUAAAUUCAUCUCUGGUUUUGUUUUACCUAGGUGAAAAAUUCUGGGAAGGUCACACUACUGAUAUCGGCUCCCAAGGUUUUCACGCCAGUUGAAUUUUUUGGAGCGUAAAUUUAAGAAGGCAAGAUGCGCAGGGAUCUAGCUGAACAAAGAGAUGUUUUUUUUUCUUUUAUCUUGCUGUUAUUUCUUACGCUAAUUCAACGUGCAAGGUUAAGAAGACGAAGACGUAGACCACUCGUGCCCCCAAAAUUUCUUUCUCAGCGUGAGCUAUGUCCGGUUCUCUCAUCAAGACCUUCGCCGAUGAGCGUCGAUUGGCUAGCAACCUCGGUAUUUCAUUUUUCCCUAGCUAUUGCUUUGGGGUAGCUGUCAAGGGAAACUCUAUUGUUCUCGAGACAUAUCCAAGCCCCAGACGAUAAAAUUUCCCCAAGGUAAGUUACCUAGGGAAAAAUCGGUCACACUUUAAAAAUCAAGUUUCCUUAGGUAAACUGUCAACAAGUCGAAUUUACCUAGGUAAAAAGUCUGUAGUGUGACCACAGCUGAUAAUUUCAAUAUUUGGGGGUCUAAAUUUGGAAAAAAAAAUGAAGCAAGUCCCCCCACCACUUCAAAUUAGUGCCCCUUCUCAACCCCGAAAUUAAAAAAAAAGUGCCUCAGGUGCUAAUUCGAGCAUUCGUAGUAUACCGUAAGAUUCCGAAAAUAAGCCCCUCCAUGUAUAAGCCAGUCCAAAUAUAAGCCCCCCAAAAUCGUAAUGCAAAAAACCCUCGGUUAAAUCGCCCCUCCAAUUAUAAGCCCCCCGGGGGGCUUGUACUUGGAAUUUGCCCUCCAAUACAAAGUUAAACAAAGCAAAAAUGGUAAAUUUCCUUCCCACUGCAAGCUACCCCAAUCGAUUUUGAAACGCAAAUUUCCCACCGUACAUAAGCCCGCCAACAAUAAGCCCCUCAUUAAAAGGGCCUUUGAAAAAUAUAAGCCCUGGGGCUUAUUUUCGGAAUUUUAUGGUAACUUUUAACACUUAUGGUACAUCUUUGUCUGUCAUAGGGAGCAAAGCAUUUGUUAUGCAGUACUAGUUUGGCUUCAAGAAGGAAAAGAAUUCACCAACACUUUGAUGAUCUUGAAAGAUGCUACUUCUCCAUCAGACAGGGUGAUUUGCCAAGUAAGAAACUUUGGAUUUGAAAUAUUCAAAGAAAAGCCAUUGUUGAGGCCUUGUUGAAGAAAAAUUCCGACAAACAAAAAAGCCUUGAAACAGUGACAAAAGGUAGAUGAAAUGGUGGCAAACAAUGCAAAGAUGUUUUGCAAUUGUGAAAGCGAUAAAGAUAAAAGCAAAUAUAGUAGUAAAAAUACUGACAGGGACAUAACUUUUGUCUCAGUGCUUGAAACAACUUGUUUUGAAAUUGAGACUUAUUGUCCUCCUUAGUGGUAAGUCACAAUGUGUGAGUUAACUAGUUUUUUGUUUCUAUGUUUAAUUUGUGUGUAUUCAAUGUCUGUCAGGUGACGCUGGAGCAUCAGAUGCCUUGGAUUAUUUCACUGAAAGCCUCGCCAAGUUUACAAAAUUCAGUGGUUUCCGUUGCUUAGCAACACUUAGUUAUGCCAGUGACAUUUACAGUUCAUCUAGUAUUGUUUCAAGGUGAGACCGUACGUCACGGUAUGACCCAGCUGCUGAUGACAAUUAUUAAUUAUAACGCUCAAAUAGAGAUACUGGCUGAAAAAUCUGUUGUUUUUACGAGAUAGUGAGAUUAUUGAAGCUAGAAUUGCACACAGUCUGGAUGAUCAAGCGUAUUUGCUGGCUUCGUGAGAAAGAUCUUUGUCACCCUGAUUUUCAGCAGCCAGUUUGUUGUGAUAACUUCUUAACUUUCUUUGCAGUUCAGGCUAUAAAGAUCUGAGAGUCUUUUGUUAUAGUUAUGGUUGUUAAAUUUUUCGAGUGAAAAGAAGUGAAAAAAAGGAAUUUAUUAGUCCCCUCCUAUUAAGCAUUUUUCUAACUUUAACAAUGUGUUGUUUUCUUUUUCCAUACAGUAUUGAAUUCGACCGUGAUUUUGACUACUUUGCGAUUGCUGGAGUCACAAAGAAAAUUAAGGUACUAUAUGAGAAACAAACCAUUUUGUUUUUAAUUUCGUUGUCGGGAGACAUCAAGGGCAGAAAGUCUCUUUUUUACAUCAAUCUAUGCGUUUAUAGACUUGCAGAAGGUAUAUAUCUCAAUUCCAAGAAUCAGUUUUUGCUAGUAUGUCAUUCGUCUGGCUAUCAGGGCUUUAAGGGUUAAUUACCGGGUUGCGAGAGGUGCUGUGGCUUUAUACACGCUGUUUCUAGUAACAUCGAGUGUGGGAAGCUGGUAUUAAGAGGUGGAGAUGGAAUUUAAUUUGAUGUGCAACAGAAAACAGUAAAAGCGUUGACCUGACUAAAAGAGUAACUGCGGGAUGAUAAAAAUUGAGGGUGCCUUUCUUUGUGAUGAUCCGAAUCAGGAUCAGCGAUCU